CUCAAAUCAAAAGCAAGUUGCUGCUGAGGAAUAGCAGGAGCAGCAACAGCUGCACUGCGGGAAGCAAGAUGACGAGCACCAGCUGGAGAGUCAAAAGCAAAUUGCUGCCUUUGAAUGAGAGACCCAAGUUCAAUAUUUGUCCAAGUUUCACCCUGCUAACACGUAAGCUCCUGUUUCAUGACCGUGUUCUGUCUAGAAAGAUACAAAAAGACAUACGUAGAUAAUUGGAACAGUGGAUGAAAACUGAACUUAAAAUUUGUAUAUCUAACAUUAAAAAAAUGGCUUCUCUUUCUUUUUAUACACCUUCCUCAACAAGUAAAAGAUCCAUGCCAAAAUGCAAGAUCAGCAACAGGAGUAUGCCCAAAUGGCAACUCGUCCAUCAAUUCUGCUCAGCCGGCUGGGGGAUGCAAACAAACAAACUAUGUGCAGAAUAUGGUUUUUUGCGCGUAUACUAUGUGCAAACAAACAAACUAUUCAGCCAUGAUGCCACGCCCAGCUGAGACACAGAUGCAAGGAGGCCAAAAUCCAUACAGGCUACCAAACGCAUCCGAAACGCUGGUGUUGGGAGAAGAGGUGUUGUGUUGCAAGUGGAAUAUGGUAUUGAGCAACUGGAAUGUCAUGGUCGGAAAUCCUCAUCAUGGGGACAGCUGCAUACUCCAAAUGUAACAGAACCGUCUAUGGUCGCCAAAUGGCAACUCGCUCAUUUAUUUAAAUACUAAUGCUUACCAUCUGCAAUUGAUUACAGGAUGAGAAAAAUGGCCUUUUCCCCAUAAAGGGCCUUUCAUUAACUCAAAUUGUCAUGACGCGAAAACAACUAGAGUGACGAUUUGAAGACCUUGCCCUCUGAAGCAAAUUUCAAUCUAAAUAAGAUGCACAACCUUAAUUAGCAAUCCCUGAUGCUACUCUAAGUAGUACUUGCAGGCGAUUACAACAGAAUUAGGGAGAUCUAAGGUAGUAGUAGUUCUUUCUACCUUGAGUCAGACGUCUGCUUCUGCUAUACUUCUAGAUUAUUAUAUAUACUUCGGCCGGCAGAUAACCACGACAAUGACUGACUUGGGCCGGCAGAGCCGAACAGUGGACCUUUCUCCUUUGCAAGGGACGCAAUCGUCUUUCAGGUUCAACCUUUCCCCUCUGCAAGCUCGUCCCCCUCCUUGUUCCCGGCUUCUCAUAGCCAUAGACCAAGAAUUGAUUCAUCUUCUUACAACCUCCAACAGCAACCAUGGGUCCUGCCAAUCUCCUCUUCAUCAUAGUAGCAGUUUCAGCACAAUUGCUCUCCGAGGCGUGGUUGAACUUCACCGAGUAUCCCACAGCCAACCUCUCAACAUCGUGGACCAACAACGAAAGCUCCUUCACCGGGCCACACGUUCUUCAAACCCUCUUCUAUGAUGGUUCGGCCGUCCGAUCCCUCGUCCUCAGCUCGCCACAACCCAUCUUGGGACCUUACUUUGGUGCAGGUUUCUUCUGCGCCUCCCCCUGCAAUGUGUUCCUCUUUGCCAUCUACAUUUUUCACAUCCGCAGUGACACGAAGCCGCACAUGGUAUGGUCUGCUAACCGGGCUCGUCCUGUCAGGGAGGGUGCCACCAUUGAGCUUACCAUCGAUGGGAACUUAGUGCUCCGAGAUGCUGACGGUAGCCUCGUAUGGUCCAGCGGCAGCUCGGAGCGGUCCGUAGCAGGCAUGGUGAUCACCGAGGAUUGCAAUCUGGUGCUAUUUGAUCGCAGAAAUGGAACUGUAUGGCAGUCUUUUGAUCAUCCUAGUGAUGUGUUGCUCCCUGGGCAGUCACUACUGGAAGGUACGAGGCUUGUAGCAAACACUGCCGCCACAAAUUGGACAGAGAAUCAGGUGUACAUGACAGUUCUCCCCAGAGGAACAAAUGGUUACACAGGAUUAUACGGUUAUGUUGGAUCCACACCAUCACAACUCUACUACGCCUUCUCGGCAUGGGUGAGCGAGAAUGACACAGGAAAUGGUCCAACAAAGGUUACCUUUCUCAAUAGCAGCCUCAGCCUCCUUGUGCAGACAAGGCAACCAAGCAACCCGAGGAUGCAUAAUAUCUCACUGCCAGCAGCUAAAUCCACUCAGUACGUGAGGCUAGAGUCUGAUGGGCACCUUAGGCUCUAUGAAUGGUCUGAGGACCUACUGAAAUGCAUUUUGCGGUCCGAUGUAACCAUGCUGAGAGAAUUGAAUGAUGAUUGUGAAUUCCCAACGGUGUGUGGAGAGUACGGCAUAUGCACAGCUGGCCAGUGCACAUGUCCAUUUCAGGACAACUCAAGUUCAAUAAACUACUUCAAGCCGGUGCACUUACGCAAGGCAAAUCUUGGUUGUGCACCACUGAAUUCAAUCUCUUGUCAAGAAAUGCAACACCAUAAGCUCUUGACCCUUACCGAUGUUUCUUACUUUGAUACACACCAUACAAUUGAGAAUGCAACGAAUGUAGACAGUUGUAAGCAGGCUUGCUUGAAGAACUGCUCCUGCAGGGCCGUCAUCUUCAGAUAUCACCUCAAUGAUUCUGAGAGCGAGUGCCUGUGGGUGACCAAGGUCUUCUCCUUGAAAUCAAUACAACCUGAAACGGCUUAUUUCAAUUCGUCUGCUUACCUCAAAGUGCAAUCUAGCCCCUCUUCUGCUGCUUCUCAUCCUGUUGCAAACAAAAGGAAGGUUAUUCUAGGCAUCUCCCUUGCACUUGUUACUGCUAUCAUAUUCAUUGCCGUUGUUAUUACUGUUUGUCUGCUAAGGAGGAGAAAGUAUGAAGACAAUGAUGAAGAUCUCCAGUUUGAUCAAUUACCAGGGAUGCCAACAAGGUUUCCAUUUGACAAGCUGAGAGAAUGCACUGAAGGGUUCAGUAAAAAGCUUGGAGAAGGUGGAUUUGGGUCGGUUUUUGCAGGGAAAUUAGGCGAAGAAAGAGUUGCAGUCAAACGUCUGGAAGGUGCUAGACAAGGAAAGAAAGAGUUUUUGGCAGAGGUUGAAACCAUUGGAAGCAUCGAGCACAUCAAUCUUGUCAGGCUGAUUGGCUUUUGUACAGAGAAAUUCCAAAGGCUUCUUGUGUACGAAUAUAUGUCGGGAGGGUCACUUGAUAGAUGGAUCUAUUACCGCCACGACAAUGCCCCACUCGAUUGGCUCACGAGGUGUGGAAUCAUUCUGGAUAUUGCCAAAGGCCUGUGCUAUCUUCAUGAGGAGUGCAGGCGAAAGAUAGCUCAUUUGGACAUCAAACCACAAAAUAUUCUCUUAGAUGAGAACUUUAAUGCCAAAGUGGCUGAUUUCGGACUGUCUAAGCUAAUAGACAGGGAUCAAAGCAAGGUAAUGACGAUGAUGAGAGGCACGCCUGGGUAUAUGGCACCUGAAUGGUUAACCUCACAAAUCACUGAAAAGGUUGAUGUCUACAGCUUUGGAGUAGUUGUCAUGGAGCUAAUAAGUGGGAGAAAAAAUAUUGAUAAUUCUCUGCCUGAGGAGAGUUCUCACCUCAUCAACUUGUUCCGAGGAAAGGCUCGAGAUAAUCAAUUGAGUGAUCUGAUUGACGAACAUAGUGAAGACAUGCUCUCACACCAGGAGCAGGUGAUUCAAAUGAUGAAGCUUGCAAUGUGGUGCCUGCUAAAUGAUGGCGGUCAAAGGCCUAACAUGUCAACGGUGAUAAAGGUAUUAGAGGGUGGGAUGAGCAUAGAAACCACUAUUCUUCACAGAUUUCUCAAUACAAAUACAGUCUUGCCCCUGGAAGAUAAUCCAACCAUGUAUUCAGUUCAACCUCAAGCAUCAAUUUUAUCUGGAGCAAGGUGA